AUGUCGUUGAUUGGAAAAGUUGCCGUCAUCACCGGUGGUGGAGGUGUGAUUGGUACAGCUGUCGCUCGCACACUUGUUAAUAAAGGCGCCAAAGUGGUCGUGGGUGAUAUCCAAGGAAAAAGUGCCCAGGACGUUGCCGAAGAAUUGAAUGAAAACGCAAAGUCUACCGUUGCCUCGUCUCUGCAAGCGGAUGUAACAAAGUACAAGGACAACAUCGCUUUAUUUCGACAUGCUGAGGCGACUUUUGGUGGCGUUGAUAUAGCACACCUGAAUGCUGGUACCGCCAUUGAUAGUGACGCCAUUUUCUUACCUCUUGAUGAUGACCGAGAGGAAAGGUUAUUCAGGAUCAACACGCUAGGGGUUAUUAAAGGAACCAAAGUAGCACUUUUGCAUAUGGCUGCCCGUGGCGGUGGGGUUAUUGUCAACACUGCAUCUCUCUUGGGGCUGGAUCCAGUCGACACAGCGAGCGCCUAUAAUGCCUCCAAGCACGCUGUAGUGGGAUGGACACGCAGUUUUCGAUUGAUGCCGCAAAUAUGCAAUGUGCGCGUAAAUACCAUUUGUCCUUUUGCAACAGAUACGGGUUUACUUGUGGAUAUAAUGAAUGCUGGGAUCAUCAUUAACAGCUUUGGCAAGAAAAUUCCUCAUUGUUCGGUUGAUACGGUAACACAAGCGGUUAUGCAGCUAAUCGAAGACCCGACUUACAAUGGAGCGACGCUUGCUGUUCUACCAAAAGGAGUCAUCAAGAACAUUGAACAACAACAUGUGGAUUUACCGCCAGAAGCCAUCGAGCCCGAGAAAUUUAACCGCCUCCUUGAAGAGGCUGACCGUGAAGCCGUGGAUGACUACAAGAGUAAGUUGGCUGAAGCAUUGAAGCGUUAUCAAGAUCAAUAUGAAUAG